UUCUGAAGGGCAUUUGCUGAGACAGUUUGGACAGCGUAAUGGGCAUCUUACGUAGGUUAUUAAUUCUCUUACGUAGAUAAGGAGAUCAAUGCUCAAGGCGGAGCAAUUCAAUAUCAAUGGGAAUACAAACACUGAAGAGCAAACAAAAGGAGGCAAAACGGCAGGGAUUGGUCAAUUGAGUUGAAAUAGGAAACAACUUCGCGCGCUCGUAAAGCACUUCUCCAGAUCAGGACCAUGGAGAGCUCUAAACUGUGGACGAGAGCGGUAGUUUGUACAGCGCUGCUGUCCAUCCUAUGUGGUGCUGAAACGAACGACUCAGAAAUUGAAGUGGAUUUGGAAACGAGAAACAUUCACGACUUCUAUCCACAAAAUCCGAAUCUAACGAACGAAAAACGUCUUCUUGGAGCUCUACACGAAGUUCUAAAAAAACUGCAGACCAAAAGAAUUAAUCCAUGGGAAAAGAAAUUUGGACAAGUUCCCACUUGCGACGUGGGGGAGCAUUGCGCAGUGAGGAAAGGUGCUCGAAUCGGCAAAAUGUGCGACUGUCCACGGGGAGCUUUCUGCAACUUCUUUCUGUUGAAGUGCUUGUGAAUGGAGGUUUAUUUGAUUCAAUCCCCUAUCAUUGUGUUAUUUAAAAGAGGGAUAAUAAUGUAACAUAUGUCAUUAUUUUUAUGAAUAUUUUUCAAAUACAGGCGGACUAUAAUUGUCAAUGUUAUGGUGGGACCACCAAUUAGAUAAUGGUACAUCCUAUCGUUUCCUGGAGUUAGAUUAAACAUUUGUGUCACCUAAGUGUUACUGAGCUCUCUAUAUUGUGCAAUAAAGUGUCACAACUUCUUUCGUAA